AUGGAAGGUGAAAGUUCUUUUUCGAUAGCGGCUCCACCUGUGUUUGAUGGAGAAGACUAUCAAGUUUGGGCAGUAAGAAUGGAAGCAUAUUUGGAUGCGUGUGAUUUGUGGGAAGCUGUAGAGGAGGAUUACGAGGUACCUCCCUUGCCAGGCAAUCCAACCAUGGCUCAGAUCAAAGUUCACAAGGAGAGAAAGCAGAAAAAAUCCAGAGCAAAAAACUGCUUGUUUGCUGCAGUUUCUUCUACCAUUUUCAGUAAGAUUAUGUCCCUUGGCUCAGCUAAAGCUAUUUGGGAUUUUCUCAAGGAUGAGUAUAAGGGAGAUGAACGAAUCAAAGGAAUGAAAGUUCUGAACCUGAUUCGAGAGUUUGAGAUGCAGCAUAUGAAGGAAUCAGAAACAGUAAAGGCGUAUGUUGACAGGCUGUCUGGCAUUGCAAAUAAGGUAAGGAUACUUGGUGCAGAACUUACCGAUAACAGAAUAGUUCAAAAAAUUCUUGUAUCCUUGCCUGAAAGAUAUGAGGCGACCAUUGCUUCAUUGGAAAAUACUAAAGAUCUUACUAAAAUCAGCUUGACAGAGUUAGUAAGUUCACUGCAGGCACAAGAACAGAGGAGAAUGAUGCGACAAGAAGGAUCUACUGAAGGAGCUUUGCAAGCCAAAUGGCAGCAAAAUUCUGGAGACAAAAACAAAAAGUGGAAAGGAAAGAAAGGAGCAGCAGGAGGUUCAGAAAAGGCAGCUGCCGGGGAAAACUCCAACACGAACAAAGGAGGAAAAUAUUCUCCUUGUCAACACUGUGGCAGGAAAAAUCAUCCUCAUUACAAGUGUUGGAGAAAGCCUGACAUGAGGUGUAGAAGAUGUAACAAACUUGGGCAUGCAGAGAUAAUUUGCAAAGAGAAGGAGUCUCAACAGCAAGGUGAUGCACAAGUUGUAACUCAACAAGAGUUAGCUAUUUUUUAG